CACUUAGGCCUUUGGGUUUUUCUUUUGCAUGGGAAUUGAAACAUUUUUGUUCAUGUAUGUUUCUGGUUGAAUUUUUAGGUGGGUUUUGCUUGAAUUUUGAAUUAAGAGAGUCAAAGAACAAUGGAGAGAGAUUUCCUGGGUUUGAAUUCAGAAGAACCGUGGGUUAUGGUUAAGGAAGAGCUUAACACUGAUGGGUACAAACAAAUAGGUUUUACUAAAAGCUCAGGGAUACAAUGGCCCUUUUCAAACAAGGUUUCUGCUGUUCCACAGCUGAUGAACUUUAAUUUUGCUAAAGGGGAUAAAGCUAAAAAGGUUGGAUAUGAUCCAAAAGCAUCCCCUAUGUUCAUGCCCACCUCAACAAUGGAUGCUACUGAACUUCAGAAAUCAUUGUACCAUGGUAGGAUAGGAGGGAAUUAUGUUUCAUCGACACCUUCUUAUGUUCAACAUGAUGGUAAGAUGUUUUUGGCCUCAAACCAUGGACCGUUUAUGGAGAAUCAUUAUGCUACGACGGGUCAAAAUUUUCCUGUCAAUAGCAUGAGACCACAAUUACUCGGAGGGAUUCUGGUCACGAGUCCACGUACGAUUCUUCCCACACUUGGUUCUGUUGGUGGAAGUGUUGAACCAUGGAAAAGCGUCAAGACCUCUGGAUCACCAGCUCAACUGACGAUCUUUUAUGGGGGUGAAGUGAAUGUCUUUGAUGAUAUUACACCUGAGAAGGCUCAGGCUAUAAUGUUCUUGGCUGGAUCUAGUUCGGCUUAUCCAAAACCCCAAGCCCAGACACCUAUUUUGAAGCCAGUUCAAGUUGAAAGUGUUCCUGCAAACCAGAUCAUAAAUACACAAUUAAAAUCUGGUGCAUCGAACCCUCACGCUGUUGCUGCUCAGUCCGGGAGUGGCUCCACUAGUACCGAAGAUCAGAUUAUAUGCAAAACCUCGGGAACCCGAACUCCAUCUACCCCUAUUAGCAAAUUUGAGCCUCCGAAAUUGCUGAAUAGCAUGGGAUCAGUUGCUGCUACUGGCAUGAUGCCUUCUAUUCCACAGGCUCGCAAAGCUUCCUUGGCUCGGUUUUUGGAGAAGCGCAAGGAAAGGGUAAUGAAUGCAGCAUCACCAUACAAUUUUAUCAAGAAGUCUAUAGAUUAUGCAACUACCUUGGAAUCAAGCGCAUGAACGAUGCCACAAUCCUCUUCACUCCAAGGUUUAUGAUUUGGCAUUAGAAGGAAAUGAAUGGCAUGAACUUUGACUAUGCUUAAUUGCCAUCAACUGCAGUUUAUUCAGUAAUUGGUGUAAGUUUAUAUUAUUAAUAUGGAUGCUUUAUCUACUUUGUAACCCCGUUCAAUUGUUGUUACAUGGUAGAAAUAAUGCAUUAGUAAGAAUAUGGAU